UCUCCACACACUGACUGACCGACUGCCUGAACUGUUACUAUGCCUGUAAAGACACCUGCUCUCACAACACAGGAAAACCAUUCCUGCCACCAGCAGCACCUGACCAACACGGAGGAGCUUCACUAGCCCUUAAAAUCGCCCGUCAAGGUCUCCUCGCUGAACCGUAAGAGCAGGAGAAGUCUCAGGAAAAAAAGGUUAGUGGUUUUUGGUGUGGUGGCUGAUGGGAUACGGCCUGUUGGCGCUCAAUUUGUGAUGACGGGAGUUCACAGCGAAGAGACGUGUAUGUGAGAUCUGCAGUCAGCCAUGUUUAUGGAGAGUUCAGUGCUGCUCAACAUAAUGCUGUAGACUGUUAACAUGCUGUCAUUUGUGAAUCAGUGAAAAAAGUUGUUAUAAUGUUAUAAGGCAGCUUAAAUGACUAGAAUAAAGACAAUACCACCUAAAAACAAAAAAAAGGUAUCCUACAGCACCAAAAUAUAAUCUAAUAAAAUAAAACAAAUUAUAUAAGACAGUAUGUGAGUCUGUAAAACAGGUUAAAUCCUAAACAAUAUGUAAAUAAAUAGAGUUUUAUGAGACGAUAUAGAAUAAAACUCUGUUAAAAGUGAGACUAAAUAGGUAGGUCUUAUAUAUUUAAAAAAAAAAUAUGGAUUCUCUGCGUGGCUCUGAGGUCUUCAGGUCGGCUGUCCCACAGACACGGGCCGUAAUAAUAGAAAGCUGCCUCACUGUGGGUCUUUGUUCUUACUUGAGGCACAAUUAAAAGGACGCUACGUGAGUUAACUCAUGGGCUUAUGUGAUAAAAACAAGUCUGAUAAGUUUGAACAAAUCCAUGAAGAUUCGCUGCAUCUGAGUUUUGGAGCAGAUGAAACUGUAAGAUGUUUUAUUUUAGGGGGACUAGAUAGGCGGGCAUAACAAUAGUUAGUUCUACAUGUGGAUAAAACAUGAAUUAGUGUCUCUUCAUGGUUUGAUAGAGAAACUGUUACACUCUGGCGAUGUUUUUCAGGUGAUAAAAUCCUCUUUUUUCCUGAUAUUUCUGAUAUGUGGCCCAAAACGGAGAUCUAAACUUCUUACAUGGUUUAGAUAUUUAUUAUUAUAAAAAACAGCACCUCAUCAUUGAUUAUUAUGUGGGACAUGCUGAAGGAGACUGAAAGAAUCUGUUCCUCUUUCCCUCAAGAUUCUGUUUCCCAAGACCCAACCUCAACUUUUCCUCCACUGUGGGACCAAAGACUCGGGUCAGGUCACAUUAUGAUCGAAAGUGACAGAGAGCUGUCGUCCAUGGUGCAGGAGCUGUGGGACAAUGACGUCAACAGACUCAAACCUGGGAAGGAUUACAAGAUCUCUCUGAAGGUGCAGCUUUUUCACAUCAUGUAACGUCACCGAAUACUGAACCGAGUCUGACUUUGAAUUGAGAAUGGUUUUCUUCCUGCUGUAGGGCAAAGCUGGAGACACCAUGGCCAGCAACGACAACAACGAUGGAGCAGGAUAUCCUCUAUUUACGUUUGUCGACGAGAACAUUUUCAAGAAGGAGACUUUUUUUGGUAACAAAGUUGGAUAUUUGUGUGUGUUUAUCUGCUUUGGGGUAAGGCCUAAAUCUCUGUAUCUCACACAGAAGUGUUUGAUUCGUCAUGGUCUCCUCUCAGACUCCACGUCACUGAUAGUCAGUUUGAUAGGAUCCUCCAGUCAGAGUUUUCAUCUACUGAUAAUCUCCUUAUGACGAGCAGUGGGAUGUUGCAUAAGCACAGAGCAUGACAGGUUCGCUGCGCUGUGUACAGAAUGAUGCUCCACCGACCAGUCACUGACUUCUUCUUUAUUUCUCCCUUAGAUCUAGUUACGUCUUUACAGAACCGGUUUAUAGCUUGUGUGGAAAUCAUACUCCGGCACAGAGCUGUGAAAAGAGCUGGGUUAUGUAACAGUUUGUAUUCAGAGUGCACCCUGAGGCUGCUGUCCAAUUGAAAAAAAAAAGAGGCAUCUGUCCUUUUUUGCUAUUUUUAAUCUUUGGUUAGACCCUGGGCCUCUGCUUCACCGUCCACCUAGGUCAUAGAGCCGUUGAUUCUUAUAGUGAUUAAGAAUCCUAGUGAUUCCCAUCAGUCAGUGAAAGUUGUCUGUUUCUGUUUCUCCAGCCUUUAUCUCUCUGUUGGAUAACUAUGAGAGCGACACCGGUGAGCCAGAAAUUGUAACCCCUGAGGAGGUUGCAGAGAAUCACAAGUUCCUGGACUCCAUCAUUCAGACUCCAACUAUGAAGGUACCUGUGGAAACUUCUGGAAACGUCACUAUAACUUAAUCUAACAAAGGCCAAUUUCUUUUCUUUAUAAAGAUUUACUAUGGGCUUUUUUUUAGCCUUUAUUGACUGGUUGGAAUUGAAUCUGGGCCCAACAAGCUAUCAGCACUACAUGAGGGCAAAUGACUAAGUUUUAAGGAAGGCUGAUCGGGUUGAACAGUUAUUAAUAAAUUUGAUGAAUAUUAAUAAAAUGAGAUUAAAUUGAAAAUGAUGAGACAAUGUGGCAUUAGAUUAGCUAGAAUAUAACAAGGUUAGAAAAAAUAGCAUAACAAAAGAGAAGAUGACAUGACAGGACAAGAUGAGAUGAAAAAUGAUUACAUAAGUAAGGAUGAGUGGACAAAAGAGAUGAGUGGACAAAAAGAUCAGUAAGACAGGAUGAAAUAAGAUGGGAUAAGAUGAGAUGAUGUAGGAUGAUAUAUGAUAAAUGAAAUUAAAUGAGAUGAGGUGAGAUCACAUAAGUAAGGAUCAGAGGACAAAAGAUCAAUAGGACAGAAUAAAAUGAGAUGGUAUAAGGUGACAUGACAUAAGAUGAGAUAAGAUGAUGUAAGAUGAUAUAUAAUGAAUGAAAGAGAUGAGGUGAGGUGAAAUAAGAUUGGCUGGGAUGAAGUAACUACAUAAAAAAAGGAUGAGAUAAGAUAAACAUGAUAAUAUGAUAGGGAUGAGAUAAAAUGAAAUGAGAUCUGAUUAGAAAAGAUAAGAUGAUUGGGAAUGACAUAAAAUGAGGCGAGAUGAGAUAAGAUAAGAUGAUGUAGGAUGAUAUAUGAUGGAUGAAUGAAAGAGAUGAGAUGAGAUGAGAAGACAAAAGAUAGGAUGGGAUGACGUAACUACAUGACAAAGGGUGAGAUGAGAUGAGAUAAAUAUGAUAUGAGGUGAGAUGAAAUUAAAUGAGAUCAGAUUAAAAAAGAUAAGAUGAUUUGAGAUGACAUGACAUGAGAUGACAUAAGAUGAGAUAAGAUGAUAUAUAAUGAAUAAAAGAGAUGAGGUGAGAUGAGAGGAAAUAAGAUUGGUUGGGAUGAAGUAACUACAUGACAAAGGAUGAGAUGAGAAAAAUAUGAUAGUAUGAUAUGAGGUGAGAUAAAAUGAAAUGAGAUCAGAUUAGAAAAUAUAAGAUGAUAUGAGAUUACAUAAAAUGAGACGAGAUGAGAUAAGAUGAUGUAAAAUGAUAUAUGAUAAAGGAAAGAGAUGAGGUGAGAUGAGAUUAAAUAAGUUUGGGUGGGAUGAAGUAACUACGAGACAAAGGGUGAGAUGAAAUGAGAUAGAUAUGAUAUGAGGUGAGAUAAAAUGAAAUGAGAUCAGAUUUUUAAAAAAAAGGUGAUUUGAGAUGACAUGACAUGAGAUGACACGAGAUAAGAUAAGAUGAUAAAAAUGAAUAAAAGAGAUGAUGUGAGAUGAGAUGAGAAGAAUUAUGACUGGAUGGGAUGGAGUUACUACAUGACAAAGGAUGAGAUGAGAAAAAUAUGAUAAUAUGAUAUGAGGUGAGAUAAAAUGAAAUGAGAUCAGAUUAGAAAAGAUAAGAUGAUUUGAGAUGACAUGAGAUGAGAUAAGAUGAGAAGAGUGAAUAUCACAUUAUAUUAGAUCAGAUAAGAUCAAAUGAAAUGAGAUAAGAUCAGAUAAUUUCCAACAGAAAAUUUUUUGUUGUUUAAAAAAAACAGUCAUUAAUUUUAUACAAAUGUAAAAUACAGUUGAACACUGUUUAAAAAAGUAGACAUUUUAUUGCAUGAAAGGAACUAUGGACCAUAGAUUUGUGUAUAUUUUAUUUAAUAUGAAAUAUAUAAUUGGUGUGAAAUGCUCGUGGAUAGAAGGAUUGAGUUGAUGUUGUGUUUAUUUGUGUUAUAACUGAACUUCUUGGAGCAGGCUUGUUUGAACAGUCCGGCUGGACCAGGAAGGAGGAUUGUGGUAUCUCUCAUUCACACGCUGCAGCUGAAACAGCCUGCCACUGAAGGAACAGACCAGGGAACAAGUCUAAUAAUAAAAAAUCUCACAAAAUUUGAGAUGUAGAGGAAUAUUUAUUAACACUAUCAUAAAUUAACUUCCUCUUACCAGAAUAAUCUGAAUGUUUUAAUGUUUUUCUAAUGAGCAUGAGGCUGAGACUUCUGUUCUUGGUGUGUUUUGAUGACUUGUCAUAAAUAUCUGAUAGCUAUUUCAGUCCUGGGAACAACCAAGAGAUUCGGCCUUUCCUUGAACCAGGCCUUGAGAGUGACUACAAAUGUAAGAAGCAGCAUUUUACAGAGUGUUCUUGUUGGUUCACAGAUAGCUCAUAAAUACCUGGUGGAGAAGCAGCUCUCUCCAGCAGAUAAGAAAGAAUUCAAGGAGCAGCUGUACAGGAUCUGGUUUGAACUGUACGCCAGGAGAGGAUCCAGCAGGUGGGUGGAAUAUGGCACAGCACAAAAUAUCACUUCACCAGUGGAAUCUGGCACUUUGAUGGUAACCGUCCCACUCUGAAAAACUGACUCUGUUUACCACAUUCAGUCUCUCUCACUUUGAGUGGAGCAUGUCUGAAAUGAAAUGUAGUCACACACACAAAAAAAGGACAUUUCAUCCAGGUGACACACAAAUUAGUCAGUUUCUCAAAUGCAGAGCUGUCAAGCUUACACUGUGAUGAGCUGAGAUUUGCACAGAACAUUAAGCGUGACGGUGAAUCAGCAGGUAUGAUAGCGGUCCAGCGAUUGUGUCUCUCUCAUUAGGCCAGACUCCUCAGGGUUUGAACAUGUGUUUGUUGGAGAGACAAGAGGAAGGCGGACGGUUAUCGGCUUUCACAACUGGAUCCAGCUCUACCUUCAAGAAAAGUUGGGGCAUGUCGACUACAAAGGCUACAGCGUCAAUGCAAAUUCACCUCAGGUAUGGUUUUAUUGUUAUUCUCGCUUUAAGUUAGACCAAAGUAGGACAAAAAUGUUUUUACAGCCCUUCUCUGUCUACGUGAUAUAUCAUGUCAAAUGAGAAGUUAUCAUUUAUGUGUAAUUUCAGUAUUUUAGAAAGUUAUUUUCAUCCUAUUUAUGACAAAGGAAUACAUUUUUUCAUGAGCCUACAUUUAGAGACAAAAACUUGAAUUGACUUUGAUCACAUACACAGUACAUAACCACAAAAAUCUCCCAUCUUGAGUAAACUUGCACUCUUCAUCGUUUUGCUCUCAUCAAAAUUGUCGCACAUAGAUGAGAAACCUCACACCCUGUUCUGACUAAGUUUGUCUUGCAAACCUUGGCAUUUCUCGUGGAUUGUAGUCUGUCGGUUGUUUAGAACUUCAAGUGAUGGAAUUAUUCUGUAAUUUUCCAGCAGUUUUUGCCUUUCUUAAUACUCGUGUUGAGGUAUAGGUAUUAAUUUAUUAUGCUAAACAGUAGGACACUGCAGGUAAAAAAAGGUCAUAUACUCACCCUUAAUUUUUGCUUUUGUGGCAAAGUUUGAAGUGUAAACCAAUUGUACCGCUCUAUUUUUCUUUUUUGUCUUUAAAAAUAGGCAUCAUCUUCACAUUUUAUUUCAGUCCAUAAUGCAGUUUCUAAUGUAUAAAUGCAACUACAUGCUGAUAUACAAAAGUCUGUGGAUUAUUAACAUAAUGGGAACCUAAACAGUCACUCAAAAGUGUGCAACAUCUAAGUCAAAUUAUGACUCAAAAAGUCAGAAUUGUGAGUUACUUUGUCUGGAUUAUGGGGCAUAGGAUCAUUAUUUGCGAUAAACACAUGGUACCUUGUGCUUUAAAGGUACUAUAAGGAGUUUUCAAGUGGUAACAAGACCAUCAGCAACAAGUGUGAUUUUAUCUUUGCUGUGAUUCUGAUGCCUGAAAUCGUUGCACGGGGGUAGGUUUAUGCCAGAUGGUUGAUAGCAGGCUGAAAAAAAAAACUUAAAAUUUUUUUUUUCAAUACCAAAAUAUUCACUGUGAGCGAUCAUUUUCAACAGAAUGAGGGUUUUGUCUGAAAAAUUUACUUUCACAUGAGAAAUUAGGGAUCACUUUGUGCACAGGGGACACCAGAAACCAACACAAACUAAAAGUUCCUCAUAGUAGCUUUAAUAAAGAAGGUAAGCGCUCACUCGGUGAAGAAAGCCAUGCCACCAUGCCUUCAUACUAAUUUUCUCUGCUGUUAAGUUUCAUAGCCUACCACAUGGCUCUAGGAUAGACGUGUACAGAUGGACAGCAAAAGCCAGAGCAUCACUGGAGCUAUCAAGUGGACAUCUCCCUUCGCUUCGUGUUCAAUUAAGUUAGGCCUUUUAAGAGAGGCUGAACAGUUGUGCUGGUUGUGUAUCUGUCAUGCCAACUUCCACAGAUCCACAAACAGAACUUCAUUAUAUUCCAACACUAAGAAGGCAGAGCCAGACAAAGAAGCCUGUACGGGCCAGAAUUCACCCUCACCAGCUUAGUCUGUAUGCUCUACUUACCCCCUACCCAUCAAUUUUUACAAUGGCUGAAAAGAGAGGAGAGAAAAAUGUCAAAAUGGAAACAAAACAAAAAGAUGUUGACAAGCAAAGUCAAGAUGAUGGCCUCAAAAAAACGUACGAUAAAAAGUGAAUUUUUGUCCGAAAUUUUUGUGUCAUUUUGGUUAUGAAUGGCAAAAUAUUUUAAGAAAUAAAUGAGAUAUCUGAAAGACAAUAUCACAGACAGUUAAAAUUGAGAGAAAAUACAAGUAAGGUUAAUUAAUAGAAUAAAAGCAUCAAAGUUGUGAGAUUAAAAAGUCUUCUUGUAACAAAAUCUUGAUGCUUAAAAACCUAAUUUUUUCUUUCCUCAUCCUCCACCACUCAUUUCCUCUAUCAUCGUAUCUUUCUUUUCUCUCUCUUAUGGCAGCCUGAUGAGAACAAACACAUCCUGGCGCUACAGUUCAGCUGGAAGAACGGUAUAAAACCCAAGGGCAGCAUCUUCAUCGGCGUCAGUCCUGAGUUUGAGUUUGCUCUCUAUACCCUCUGUUUCCUCACUUCGCCCAAUGAGCGUGUCAAAGUCCAGUUCAGUUUCUAUGAUGUGGAGAUUGUUUGCCACCACUACAACCAGAAGCACAUAGGCACCACCUACCCGGUGCUUCUGAAGUACCAGAACCCUGGGAAAGGUGACUAA